AUGGAUGAGAUCAUAACGCGAUGGGCCGCUGACUUGUCCAAGUACCAGAAGGAAUUCCAGUCCCAAGCCGAGACUGUGGCUCAGUGGGACCGAGCACUGGUCGAGAACUCGGACAAGGUCCGUCAGCUGUACUCCAAGACUUUCCAGGCCGAGCGCGACGCUGCCGAGGUCGAGAGGCAGCUGACCAUGAUGGAGGAGAACCAACAGGAGCUCGACUCGUACCUCGACCGCUACGAAAAGGAGAUUGAGAACCUCAUGAAGAUGCACGGUGUCUCGGGCAGGUCUGACGGUCUGCGUGGCCCGGACCAGGAGCGUGAGAAGACAUACAAGCUCGCCGAGAAGCUGCAAGACCGCCUCAAUGAGCUGAACAAGGACCUCACGGAGAUGAUUGAGGAGAUCAACACCACGUCCCAGACACUCAGCAAGACGGGCAAGCCCGACGAUCCUCUCACCAAGGUCGUCCGCGUCCUCAACACCCAGCUCUCACAGCUCCAGCUCAUCGACUCCGGCGCAUCGCAGUUGCAGGAGAAGAUCAACAAGGCGCAGAAGGAGAGUCGCGCCGUCGGCGCCAAUGGAUGGAACGGUCUCGGCACAGACCCGACGGACGACUUCUACAGGAGCUUCCGUGGCAACCGUGUGGAGAGGUAUGGCGGUCAUGCGUAG